AUGGGGAAGAUUGUAUUCUUCGAGGAUAAGAGCUUUCAAGGCCGAUGCUAUGAGUGCAGCACUGACUCCCCUGACCUGCGCUCUUAUUUCAACCGCUGCAGCUCCAUAAAGGUGGAGAGUGGCUGCUGGGUGCUGUACGAGCUUCCCAACUAUACUGGCUACCAGUACAUCCUGAGCCCUGGGGAAUACCCUGAUCACCAACAGUGGAUGGGAUUAACUGAUAGCAUCAAGUCAUGUCGCUGUAUCAAAAAUGUAUAUGGAAAAAACUGGAAGAUCAGGUUCUACACCAAGCAGGGUUUUGGAGGUCAAGCAGCAGAGUGUGUUGAAGAUUGCCCAUCGAUCUAUGAUGCCUUCAAGUUCCGGGAGUUCCAUUCCUGUGUGGUGAUGGAUGGUGCGUGGGUCCUCUACGAGCAGCCAAGCUAUAAUGGACACCAGUACUUUCUGGAACGUGGCGAGUACCCCAACUAUACAGACUGGGGUGCCAAUUCCCCUGCUGUGGGAUCUUUCCGCAUGAUCAAAGAAUUCUAGAACAGCGGCAACCAUGCAGGGUUCCACAGCCCCUAUAAGAGUUAUUUGAAUGCUAGGGCCACCAGUGUUCUAGAAUUCUAAACAACAGUUCUUGAACCCCUACAAGGUUCCAAAGCCCUAACUCAACCAAAACCUCACUAAAGUUGCAAUCUUGAAGAAGUAUUAGAACACCUCAAGAAGUUCAGAGUUCCAGAACUUAACCAACAAUCAGUCUCCCACCUGCUUUUCUUAUUUGGAAACUGGCCCAACCCCUGAGUGUUGCAUUCAAAUGAAUAAAAGCAUUUCUUAUCCCCAACAAUACUGUCUGUAUUCUCUCUGA